AUGGCGACUCCGGAGGUUUCUUUUCUCCCACUGACAUGCGGUUUUGUUCCUGAGCACUUUCGCACGAAGGCUGAAACUCAAUUGGGAGAAUCCGAAGAAUCUGCAGCAGAAGGACUGAGGAAGCUAAGAGAAUUUCUUAAAAAUGAGAACUAUCCUCCCAACGAUGACGACACCUUCCUGUUGCAGUUUCUUCGGCAACAAAAGUUCAACGAAAGAAAUGCCGAGAAAAAGCUCAAGCAGCAUUACAGCAUGAGGGGGAAGACUUCAGAACUUUACCAAAACAUAGAUUUGGAAACAGUGCGUUCCAUUAUGGACUCAAAAGUGGUUGGACUCUUUCCCUUCCGAGAUGCAGAAGGAAGAACCAUAGUUUAUACCAACUCUAAUGCUGUGGACUUGGAAAGGUUCAAGGCGUCUGAUCUGUUCAAGUGCACUCUGGCCCUAUUUCAUUUUGCUUGUUCUUUUCCUCUCACUGCCGUCGCAGGUUUAAAUCUUGUGGGAGAAGCGUCAUAUCCCAAAGUGAAUGAUGCUUUCAAGAUUUUCAAGGAAGCCAUGAACUUCGUCUGGAUUCAGCUCCACUUCCACGGCUCAAGCAUGGACUUCGUUCAUAAGGUCUACCACCCUUCAAUUCUACCGAAUGAGUUCGGAGGAACCAUGGGGCCGCUGAACAACGACAGCUACAUGGAAGGGUUCUUAGAAUACACGAAGAAGCUGAAAGCAGAAUGCCAUUUGUAUAAUAAACUAUGUUGA